UUGCAAUAGAUAAAGGUUUAAGACUUUUGAGGCUAGAACAAACCAGAGGUAUCCAUACAAAAGCCCCAAGCCAACGAACAAAACACUGCUUUAUCUUCAUUUUCCUUCUUCUUCUCCAAGAAAAAGAUAAAAAAUGGAGUCCGAUUCCAAUCCCAAAAUGAAAAUGGAGAAGAACCCAGAAACCCAAUCCUCCUCGGACGACCAAAAUAAUAACAACCAACAACUCUCCAUCGUACCCAUCGCCUCUCUCUCUCUUUCUCUCUCUACAAUCCUUCCAAAACACUUCUUCCAAAACUCCAAACUCUCAGCCUUGUUUUCUCAGCCCACCUACAACAAGGUCAAACUUGCCGUCCCAACUCAAGCCUCUUCUCUCACCUCUCACCUUUCUCUCUCCUCCACUUCUUCUCCUCCGCCGUCAAAGCUCUCCUUCAAGUCGACAAUCGCCGCCAACCCCCUCCACAACCCCCUCUCCUUGGGCCCACGCCGGCCCGCGGACCCCUCCAGCGCCGCCGCAGCCCGCCGGGCUUCCAUCCUCUGGUUCCGCAACGACCUCCGGGUCCACGACAAUGAGUGCCUCAACGCGGCCCACAACGAGUCCAUGUCUGUCCUCCCCGUCUACUGCUUCGACCCCUGCGACUACGGCAAAUCCUCCUCCGGCUUCGACAAGACCGGGCCGUACCGGGCCACUUUCCUGAUCGAGUCCGUCAACGAUCUCCGGCGGAAUCUCCAGGCGAGGGGCUCCGAUCUGGUGGUGAGAAUCGGGCGGCCGGAGACGGUGCUGGUGGAGCUGGCGAAGCAGAUCGGCGCCGACGCGAUUUACGCGCACAGAGAGGUGUCGCACGACGAGGUUAGGGCGGAGGAGAGGAUCGAGAAGGCGAUGAAAGAGGAGAAUGUGGAGGUGAAGUACUUCUGGGGGAGUACGCUGUACCACAUUGAGGAUUUGCCGUUCGGUUUGGAGGAUAUGCCGUCUAACUAUGGCGGAUUUAGGGGGAAAGUGAAGGGAUUGGAGGUGAGGAAGACGAUCGAGGCUUUGGAACAGAUGAAGGGAUUGCCUUCGUGUGGCGAUGUCGAGAUUGGGGAGAUUCCUUCCUUGGUUGAUCUGGGGAUUAACCCUUCUGCAACUAUGGCUCAAGAUGGGAAGCCCGCAGCGAAUGCUUCGAUGGUCGGGGGAGAAACGGAAGCAUUGGAAAGGCUUAAGAAGUUUGCAGCUGAGUGCCAAGCACAGCCGCACAAGGGGGGAAGCAAGGAUGGCAGCCAUGAUAGCAUAUACGGUGCAAACUUUUCCUGCAAAAUUUCUCCAUGGCUGGCUAUGGGAUGCCUCUCUCCCCGCUCAAUGUUUGACGAGCUAAAGAAAACUGCUGCCAGGACGAUUUCAGCUUCGUCAGAUAAGAAAGACGGUGGCAGUGGAAUGAACUGGUUUUUGUUCGAGUUAUUGUGGAGGGAUUUCUUCAGAUUCAUUACCAAGAAAUACAGUUCAGCAAAGAAACAGCUCGACAGCGUUCCAGCAACUGCUUGUACCGGUGCUUUUGCUUAAGGAAGAACAUUUAUUGGAUUUGAGAAGCGAAAAUUGUUUUGGGUUUCCUUUAUCUAUUUUAUUAUUUUUUUGCGCUCUAAGAUUUAGUUAGAUGGAGUAGGAAUGCCUAAUGUUGUCCAUUGUUGAACACUGUUCUGGCUGCUAAAUAGAGUGGUCAAAUUUGAAAAGUCAGCUGUUCUAGACAUGUCAAGUGUUUUUGGCCCAGCAACAUCAAACAUUUUGUUAUGGCUGUC